AUGGGUGAUGACCAGGUCCAGAGUGUGUCCUCUGUUGUGAGUCGGCUGCGUGACGUGCUGGCAAAUGACCCACCAAACUGUCUCAUUAAUAAAGUUACUGACUCCAAAGAUCAAACAGGACAUACAAUAAGACAGACUGACAUUUUUUUUUUUAUUUACGUCUCUAACCACUGGAAGGAAGAUGCAUUCUUUGGCUAUCAGUUUCUAAAUGGUACCAAUCCCAUUUUGAUCCAAUGCUGUACACAACUGCCCAAUAACUUACCUGUCACGGAUAAAACGGUUUCCCCUGAUGGUCAGCAUAAUUUGGCAGAAGAAAUAGAGAAAGGUAACAUCUUCCUGUGUGACUACAAGCUUUUGGAUGAAGUGGAGUCAAACACCAUCAAUGGGAACAAACAGUUCUUGAUGGCCCCCCUUGUCCUACUCUGGAAAAACAAUGCUGGUCAGUUAAUGCCAGUUGCUAUUCAGCUGAAGCAGAAACCAGCAGAGGACAACCCGAUCUUUUAUCCUAGUGAUUCUGAGUACGACUGGUUGAUUGCCAAGACGUUUGUGAGAAGUGCAAAUUUCAGCCUUUAUGAACUAAAUGCUCAUCUGCUGCGCACUCACCUGCUGGCUGAAGUUUUUGCAGUGUCACUGCUCUGCAACCUGCCCAUGGUGCAUCCACUGUACAAGCUUCUCAUACCUCACACUCGCUACACUUUGAACAUCAACUGCUUAGCUUGGAUGCUUCUGAUAUUUAAAGGAGGAACUUUUGCUAAGUUUACAUCUUCUGGUGAGGAGGGUGCCCUCACAAUCCUGAGAAGAUCACUGUCCACACUGACCUACAGCUCCCUCUGUAUCCCAGAUGAUAUUGCAGAACGUGGACUGAAAGAUGUGCCAAACUUCCACUACAGGGAUGAUGGACUCCAGCUUUGGGAAAUCAUAAACAGGUUCUAUCACUACUUUGUCUGA